AUGUUCGUGCCUGCGGCGCGUUCUUUGACAGAUUACGAUUUGAAGGCAUUUUCGAUGUUUUUAAAUCGCAACGAAUCCUUGUUUUGUUUGACAGGGGCCGGGAUCUCAACAGAAUCUGGUAUUCCCGAUUACCGAAGCAAGGGCGUAGGAUUGUACGACCGAGAAAAUCACAAACCAAUCACUCACCAAGAGUUUGUUCGCUCGGCGAAAAAUCGGCAGCGCUAUUGGGCAAGAAAUUACGUUGGCUACAAGUACUUUUCCAUUCGGCAGCCAAAUGCGAAUCACGAUGCUAUCGACAAACUCAUCAAGCGCGGAAAGAUUAAAAAUCUUGUUACGCAAAACGUCGACGGGCUGCAUCUCAAAGCUGGCAGCCACGAUCUGGUGGAACUUCACGGAAACAAUCACCGAGUAGUUUGCCUUGAUUGUCAUCGUAUCAUUGCCAGGGCCAAGCUUCAAACAUUACUUGACGUGGCAAACGUCAAUUGGGAAACCCCCGUUACAGAGGAAACUGUCAUGGCACCAGAUGCGGACUCUGUUUUAACUCCAGACCAGAUACAAGGCUUCCAAGUUUGCGAUUGUCCAUAUUGCGGCGGUGUUCUGAAACCUGAUGUCACUUUCUUUGGUGAUAAUGUUAACUACAAUCUUGUUCAAAGUUGCUAUCAAAGCGUUCGAAACAACGAUGCCUGCCUUGUAGUCGGUUCGUCUCUCUUUGUUUGGUCAGGCUUUCGCUUCAUCAGAGAAGCUAUCAGUCAUGGGAAGGAUGUUUUCGUUAUCAACAUCGGCGACACCAGAGCCGAUGCAUUUGCCAAAAAGAACAAUUUGUCGAGUACGCAAUACUCAAAGUGCGAAGUGCAAGCGUCUUUCCUGCUCAAUCAUUUUGUUGAUUCUGAUAUUCCCGAUCAUUUAUGA